UGCAAAGCUUAUGUAUACGAGCAAUGCCUUGCGCGAUCGAUCUUCGACACCGACACCGAUAUCAGCAGCAACCGGACUCGAAUCUUGAAGGCCAAAAGGGUACCAUCACCCUUCCGUAUACCACGCCUCUUUCUCAAACCUAUGGUGUAAUGAGACAUGUUCUCGCGCCUACCCGUCAUGAGACCAUUCAAACUCAGAGACAUCCCAGCUCCGGCGCCGGCCGAGGUUGUCACAAGCGUAGUGAUGGCAGACCCUGCGGGAAGCACGUACAAUACCUACCAGCAACACCCAUGUUCAAACAGUUCGACUUCGAAGAAGCAGGCAGACUAUCCGGCGACUCAAUAUAAGAAGCACGCGCGUCCGUACAGUCUGCGUGACCGAUCCGUGUGUCAACACCCACAGCCUGCGCCUUCACCGGCUCCGCCCCCGCCGUUGUCCGCCGCGCAGCAGAAGCGAGUGAGCGAUGCGAGACCAAUACAAGCCAAGCGCUCCGUUGAAAGACGCACAGGAAAGGAAGCUAUAGAAGGGCGACCGGAGAAGCAAGUGUAUGAAUUAAAGGAGUGGUCGAGUGGGCGGACCUAUCCCACUCCGACUAGGACGUCGCCAGGUCUCUCGGUUCCCGAACUUGGAUGUUCAAUUCUGCGCCCACCGAAUGAGGACCGAAAGCGAGAGCGAGAAAAUGCCAUGGAGUGUAUGGAGAAGCAGUAUGAUCGUAAACGUAAACGACAGGACCCAACCAAUUACCCAUUGCCAGCAAGCUCACCGGCGAAUUCAGACUUCCCAGUUCCAGAGCUCAGUAAUUCUAUGUUACGACCCCGUAACAAAGGGCGAGAGCGUGAGCGCGAGGAGUUAACGGAAACCCCAGAACAUCAACUGCAAAUCAGCCGGACACCUGAUGGCGUUGUAGAAUGUACAGACAGGCAGCUGCACCAGCAGGCUAGCCACAUCAACUCUCAGUUCGCCCAGGCCAACAAUCAGGAACAUGAGCUUGGUGCGACUCUUGAUCAGCAGAACCAGCGUGACCCGAAACGGGAGAGACACGUAAUCACGGAGUGGGCGGAGAGGGUACAACCGGGCGCAGAGGUAGGUGAAGAAGAAGAAGAAGAAGAAGAAGAAGAAGAGCCUAGCACCUACAUCGACGACCCGCUGUAUCUACGGCAGCAGAUUCUGGGUAAGUUUACUACCACCCCUGAGUACAUGAUUGCAGUAUAACCGCUUACAUAUUGUUAUAUGCAGACAAUGCGCAAGCCGUAACC